GAGAGAGAGAGCAGGGAGGAAGAGGAGCUUGGUGGGAGAGCAGGAGCUUCCCGGGGUGCACUGGGAGUGGGGGCACAGAGUGGCUGUUUUAUAACUGGGAUCCUCGGUGACGUAUGGUCGCCUGCUCCUUGGCAGCUGUCUUUAUGGACCAGUAGGCAGAGCGAAAUUGACGCUGACAAGACUUUUGCAUCUUGGAAGGCACUGUAAUCUACUGUAGUGAAGAACAGAGCCUCUCAAUCAGGCGGGUGUAAAGAAGAGAGACAGAGGGGAGUCCAAAAGAAAAGGAAGAGGAGGGGGAAGCUGUGUGUUGUGGGGAAGCAGGGAAAAAGCAUUUUUGGUGGAUGGUAUGAAGCCAGCCAUGGAAACUGCAGCCGAGGAAAAUACUGAACAAAGCCAAGAGAGAAAAGUGAACAGCAGAGCUGAAAUGGAAAUUGGCAGGUACCACUGGAUGUACCCAGGCUCAAAGAACCAUCAGUACCGUCCUGUGCCAACCCUGGGGGACAGGGCUGGCCCCUUGAGCAGUCCAGGUUGCUUCGAAUGCUGCAUCAAGUGUCUGGGAGGAGUUCCCUAUGCCUCCCUGGUGGCCACCAUCCUAUGUUUCUCUGGAGUGGCCUUGUUCUGUGGCUGUGGGCAUGUGGCUCUUGCAGGCACCGUGGCAAUUCUUGAGCAACACUUCUCCACCAACACCAGUGACCAUGCCUUGCUGAGUGAAGUGAUCCAACUGAUGCAGUAUGUCAUCUAUGGUAUCGCCUCCUUUUUCUUCCUGUAUGGCAUCAUUCUUCUGGCAGAAGGCUUCUACACCACAAGUGCAGUGAAAGAGCUGCACGGUGAGUUUAAAACAACUGCCUGUGGCCGAUGCAUCAGUGGAAUGUUCGUGUUCCUCACCUAUGUGCUGGGAGUGGCCUGGCUGGGUGUGUUCGGCUUUUCCGCAGUGCCAGUGUUUAUGUUCUACAACAUCUGGUCAACCUGUGAAGUCAUCAAAUCCCCACAAAGCAACGGGACCUCGGGUGUGGAGCAGAUCUGUGUGGAUGUCCGGCAAUACGGUAUCAUUCCUUGGAAUGCUUUCCCAGGCAAAAUCUGUGGCUCAGCCCUGGAGAACAUCUGCAACACGAAUGAGUUCUACAUGUCCUAUCACCUGUUCAUUGUGGCUUGUGCUGGAGCUGGCGCCACCGUCAUUGCCCUGCUGAUCUACAUGAUGGCUACUACAUAUAACUAUGCGGUUUUGAAGUUUAAGAGUCGGGAAGACUGCUGCACUAAGUUCUAAAUUGCAUAAGGUCAAUAAGGAGCUUUAUUUAGGAGAGCUCAGCUCUGUAGUGUGAACACCACUGACAUUCCAGACUAAAGCGGAGCCUAGGUUUCUGCAGUUUUGCUACAGUAGUUUGUAAAUAGCUUCAGUUAACUCACUUUGCAUGGUAGACUAAAUAGGAUUUACUGUACAUGGAUUAUAAAACAAUGGGUCUGGCUAUUCCCAGUUUGAAAAGGAUUGUUAUUUACUGACACCGGUAAGCAUCCUUUGAAAAAUAAUGUUCUUGAGUUUAAACUCUGAGCAGUCAGCAUCUCUCAAUGGAAAAUUAAUACCUUGACACACCUGUCUUUUCUGAUAACCAGCCUUAGUGAUGGGAAAGAGAAUGAGUACCAAAGGAGGGACGUUAGAACCUAGCUUUCAUUUUGUCAUACCUUUCUAGAAAAGAUUUUGCAAGUAUAGUUAAAAUUAAGUUUAAAGAUUUUUAUAUCACAUGGUUGGCUCUUUACCAAAUAGAUGCCAAGUUAGGCCAGAUAAAAAUUUGAAGGGUAUCACCUAUUUGAUUUUUCUGAAAAAAAAAUGAUUACAUAUUUUUGAUACAACACCAUCACUUCUUUAGAACCCACAAAACUGGUAACUUUAAAUUGUCUUGCUGCAAAGCAACUGUUCCCUCAUAACUAGGUUCUUAAAUUACAUGUAAGAUUUUAAUUGGAAGAGAAGUUGGGCCCAGAGCUGAAGGUCUCAUCUAUGUUGAGAAGGAAGUAUGGUAUGAGAAGGGAAUGUGGCCUUUAAGGAAACUGAGCUGUGUAGAUUUGCUUCGGGCAAUGGGAAAAUACAUGGGAAGGAUGUGUAUGCCACAGAAACUGUGAAGAAUGAUAAGGAUUUUUCUGUGAAAUGAGAAGAGGAAAUGAAAUACUGGCAGUUAUAAAAGGAAGAAAAUAGUUUUCAUUGCUAAAAAAUUGUUAACUAUAGACUGCAUACUUAGCUUUUAAUUUUGGUUUUGACAUUCAUUUAAUUUCUCCAUGGUAAAUAUAUACUUCUAUAACCUUUUACUCAAAAUAAACAUUUUUCACACUUUGUAGGCCUUUUGGGGAAUUUUUUUUACCCACAGAUUAAGUCUUCACUCCACAUUUUUAAACAUAAAAAACAACAUGUUUCUGAACUUUUGCAUUUGUCUUUUAAAAUUACUCUAAAAAUGGUAAAAAAGACUUGUCAUAUGUUUCAUUUUUACUUCUUCCUAACAAUAACUUGGUCAUUUUAUUCCCAAGUUCACUAUAUGUGCAUACUAACGUUUCUUCAGCCUACUAUGAAGCAAACUAGUAGAGCAUGCUCCGUGUCUGCCAGCUCUGCCAGAAGAGUAUUAAUAGCGAAUAACCCUCGCCCUUCUCCAGCUGAUCCGUCUAAUCUGACUAGCAGCUCGCUUUGCCUUCUCACAUGCUCACUAGCCAUCAUGCUCACCCUUCUUUUCCAGAUCCACUUCCUCAUGAUACUGUCUUCUAACUGGGCUUACUUAAAGGAUGCAAGCAAAAUGCAGGCUUACCAGGAUAUCAAAGCAAAGGAAGAACAGGAACUGCAAGAUAUCCAGUCUCGGUCAAAAGAACAACUCAAUUCUUACACUUAAACGUGUUUGCCAGAGCGUGUCAGCCAAUGAAUUUACAGCUCUGACACAUCAUCAGACAGCUGCUCUGCAGUACAGAUGUGUAUCCCACCAAACUAAUGUAGACGUACCAACAUUUCACUGUCUGUCUCAAGCUGCUGGGGUGGAUCUCUAGGAAAACCUUCCAGUGGGUAAAUCAUUUUCUUUAGAACAAAUAUUGGAGGUUUCACGUUAGCCAUUUUAAAAGGCAACACUUUGACAGAAUGACCAUUCAUCCUUUAGAAAAGUUGUGGCAUGUGCAGUUAACUGCUAGAGCAGUUCUAACACGGGAUAGAAUCACAUCAUGUUCCUUACUGGGGACCUAUGGCAUGCCAGUAUCAAAGGAUAUGACCCUAGAUUUACAUAUGCCACCUGUCCUCAAGUGUUAUCAAAAUAGAAUCAGUGUGAAGUUCAUUUUUGAUAGCUGACCUUUAUUAACCUUUGGCUCAUCAAAGAUAAUGUGAUUCUUCCAAACUUCAAAAUCAGCACCCUCACGGUCUCACACACGGUCCCAAGCCACUCAGAAACCUAUCUUUUAGUAAUGCUAAAAUGAGCUGCAAUUAUGAUAAAUUUAUUAGUGCAGAUACUGGAUUCUGACUCGAGCUCUGCAAAAUCAGCUUCAUAGUCGAUCACAUCGUAACAAAAUGGGAGGGUUUGUUGAUCACUAUUCUUGUUUGGAAACAAAUGUCAGCUCUGCCUUAAUAUUUGCUUUCAAUUUCUAAUCAUUUAUAUUGUAACCAGAAACCCAAAAUUCCUAAAUUUUUUUCUUGAUCCAUGAAUAUCUUUCUUAAGAAGUGUUACCUUGUUAAAAUGACCACCAUUCUAAACCAUUUUUAAGUGGUCUGGACAGUGAGUUUACAGUUUCAUAUCAACUAUCUAAAACCUAACUGCAAAUUGACCACAGACCUCUGACCUCCUACUUUUAUAGACUUUAAUACAUAAGUAAUUUAAAUUAGGGUUGGUAUUUAUUUCACUGUUUUCCUAUCUAAAUCUUAAUUUCCUGGAAUAAUAAUGUUUGAUAUUCAGCAAGAAAACUGCUUGAGUUUAAGCCAUUUUCAAAAGAAACUUGCCUUCUAACUCAUUGUGUUCCAGAACAUUAAGUGACUAAUAGGUACUGGGUAUUAGUGAUGGUAAGUUUUGUGUUGUUCUUUCUGGAAUGAUCCAUAUAACUGUGGGGUGCAUCAGUGCUUUUCAAAGGGGCUGCAUACUAUAGGGUUAACUAUGUAUAUUCAUGUUAAGAGUUAACUUGUGGUUUGGCUGUUUCCUGGAUUUUAAAACAUAUACAUGUGCAGAAAUGUAUUCAAAUGAAAGGAAGCAUACCUUUAUCAAGAUGCUAUUAAAACUGAACAUCAACUAUAAUAUUUCAUUUGGAUUUUUUUCUUUUGGUUAAUGCCGAGAAACGCCUAUUUGGAUUCCUUUUAAUUGGGAGACGCUCUCUUCUGUGUAGAACAGUUGUUCCAAGAUAGCUUAGUGUUUUGUUUUCCUGUUGCAUGACAGAAUUCAAUAUUUUUUCCAGCAGUGGAGGUGCUGUUAGAGUCCAGUGUUCUAGAAGAGGCGGUGUCUAAAGCCUAAUUUUACUUUUCUAAUUCUGGUAGCUAUUGCCAGGAAUUUUUGAAAGUUUUGUUGAAGUAGUCUAAUAUUUUUUAUGUAAAGAGCAUUAAAUUUUGCUAUGUAUAAAUUUUUGUAACCUAACAGUGAAUCAAUAUUUUCUAUCAGUGCCAAGGGCUUCCUGUAGUUCUAUUCAAGUGUUACAAUAAAUAUUUGUAGAUAAUAGUCAAUACUUGUGUAUGCUUAUUUUAAAGAUCUAUUUAGGUGGAAAUAGUUGUGGAUGUACUAAAGAAUAAUGAAAUAAAAUUAUAGCUUCAUUCGCUUGCCUUUUUACCAUACAUAAAUCCUAUCUUUCUCUG